GGCGCCCCACUCCCAGCUCAGUCACAUCACAUCGCCCAUUCACACUGCCCCUCCCCGCUCCAUCAGCUCGGCUCAAGCAAAGACAAGAAACGCCCAAGGGAAGGAGUAAUGGGCCGGGGGAGGGUGGCGGCUGCGCUUCUGCUGGCGCUGGCGGCGUGCGCUGCGCUGCCGGCGACGACGACGGCGAACAAGAUCAGCAUCAACUGGAAGCCCAACACCAACUACUCCGACUGGGAGCAGCAGCACAGCCCCUUCUACAAGGGCGACUGGCUCGUGUUCUACUACACGGCGGGGCAGGCGGACGUGGUGCAGGUGGACGAGGUCGGGUACAACAAGUGCGACGCGUCCCACGCCAUCUACAACUACAGCAAGGGCCGCAGCUUCGCCUUCGAGCUCAACGAGACCAAGACCUACUAUUUCAUCUGCAGCUACGGUUACUGCUACGGCGGCAUGCGCCUCGCCAUCAAGUCCCAGAAGCUGCCGCCGCCGUCCCCGCCGCCCUCCAGCGACAGGUCCGGCGCCGUCACCGGCCUCGUCUCCUUCGCCAGAUCCCACGCGCCGCUCCUCUACGCCGCCGUCGCGGUACUCGCCGCGCUCCUCAGGGUGGUCUAGGAAGAUCUAGCCAGUACUUCCUUCAGUUCGUUUGUUCAAUUUGCAGUUUUUCCCCCUCCCUAUAGAGUGUGUGCGCGCGUUUGGGUUAAUGGUCUCUGCAGAGUAGUAGCAGUGGUAGUACCGAGUCUUGUGUUGGGUUGAUUGUGUGGAUUUGCGGAAGCGAUUGAUUUAUCAAGUGUGAAGAACUUUACUUCAA